GUCCCGUUUCUCGGGUACCACCACGUGCUGAUGAUUCUGAUCGUCGUCGCAAUCAUUCUACUAUGUACCCGUUCCAAUUCUUCAUACGCCGUUGCUAAUCGCUCAAUCACAGCGCUGCUGCUUGCCGGCUGCUCGUCUUCAUCGCCUCUAAUCCCCGGCAUCUUCCUGCUUUCCAUCUACUACAAGUCUUACGAGGCUCACCCCGAUACCGCGCAAGUUGAUUACAGCUUCUACACUGCGAUGCAGCGCCUCACUGGAAACGCCGGACUGCAGGCUCGCGUUGGUUACUUUGGCAUCUGCGUCAACCCGGAUGGUGGCUCGUGGCUUUGUAGUAACAAUGCGACAGCCCUGGCCAGAGAAGUCUCAGUUGACCAAGACCCCCUCAAUCUCAUCUGGCUGGCUGCCCAGUUCAAGGAUAUGAUUGUAUUUCCAUACUUGAUCAUUAUUGCCAUCAUUUUUGCCUUCAUCUGUCUGCUCCUCCUCGCUACCUUUCCUGGAUGGCACGAGGAAGAAGAUUCUGAAGGAUCCGAGCGCGAGGUCAAGCCGUUUCCCUCCCGUCCCGUCUCGCAAAUCGCCCUGGCCAUCAUCUUCAUCGCUUCCAUCUUCGUUCUCGUCUCGGUCCUCUGGCAGCACACCGCAUCCGUCGCAGCAUCCGUCAUCGCACAAGACUUUGGAAAUGGCGUUGUCAAGAGUGGUGUCGGCACCAGCGCCAUGGUAAUGGGCUGGUUCGCAUUCACGCUACUCAUCAUCGUCACCAUCGGCCUGCUCGUAAUGAUCUUGAGUAUACGCGUCCUGAGUUCGAUGGUGUGA